AUGUCGGAGGAAACAGCUGAAGACCAAGCUCCAGAGUGGCACCUGGGAGGUUACCGCAUGUUGAGGAACCCGUGUCGCUGCGUGGACUUUGACUCCAGUGACCUGCAAAACACUGCCAUACAGGACUGCCUGAUCUGUGAUCACUCCCUCUCCCCAGGAUGGUACCGCUUCAGCAUUAACAACAAGCCUGCAGAGAUGCCCACCAGCUGUGUGGAAAUGAACAGAUGUGGCACCCAGGCACCUGUGUGGCUGUCUCUGACUGAUAGCUCGUUGCCCCGCCCAGGGGAGGUCCGCAAGCUCUCAGCCUGUGCCCCCUGGCAGUUCUUCCACGGGAGCACCAAGGACUGCUGCCUCAUCCACAUCCCCAUCUCAGUGCCAAGUCUCCCUGCAUUAUCCCACAAGCCUGUGAUCACCCCAGAGCUGGUGGGCAGCAGUGUCCACCUGCGAUGCACCUUCAGUGGGGUGAAGACCUCGGGACUCCCCUUGGGCUACCUGGUGGUCUGGGUCCGACACCUGGCAUCCAAUAUGAAGUUGGAGAUCAGGAAAUAUUCUAUCAUGGAGACCUUCUCAUUGGCUGUAGUCCCCACUUACUUCAAGGAGACCACCAUAGUCCCAGUGCCCAAGAAAACCAAGACAGCCUGGAUCCCAGCAUGGAGGCCCCCCAACAUGCCCCUGUCUACCUGCCAGGUGGAGCUGCAGCCUACUGCAGCCUGCAGCCGGAGCCAGGGGUGUGCCUGGGCCAGCCUCACCCUCACCGCUGUCACAGACUUCACCCGCGACGGCAACCGCCCCAGCCUCCUCAGCGCCACUCUGACGCACCGCGCCUCUGAAGGGGAUACACCCCUCAAGGUGGUCAUGCUGGUCAUGGGUAACGGUCAGCUUCAGGAGACCAGGCCCCAGCUCUCUCUGAAGAACCUGGGAGGAUAUAACAGUGGGUCCAGAGGGACCAGCGGCUCCAGUCAGUAUCGGAUAAAGAUCCAUGAAAAUCACAGUAGGGCGGACGUCAGUGAUUGGGGGAUGAGCCUGUCAAUCAGAGCUCCCAGUGUGGACUACAGCAGUACCACGGGACUCUGUGGGACGUUCGACCGGAACGGUCACAACGACUUCCAUGGACCUGAUGGGACCACCUAUGGGAGCACUGAACAAGAACGCUUUGUGCAGGAAUGGACGCUAGCCGCGGGGGAGAGCUUAUUUGACACCGUGCCCCCUGUAAUGGAGGUGGAGGAACUACGGCCUUUCUGUCGAAACCAGGCCCAGUGCCAGUCGCACGACAAUGUGGAUGUUCACCCCUGGUUGGACACUACCUCUGAGUACAUUAGGAGCGCUGAACCAGAACAAAGUGACCACCAGGGAGUGUCCAUUCGGAAAAGCCCAGCUCUGCCUAUGGAGAUACACAAACAGCCGAGUUCCCAGGGCUUGGGGACCACGUGGAUAAGAGCGCUGUACGAGUUCCAGCCCAUCUUCACCACUCAGUCCCUGAGCCAAGCGGACCUGGAGAGCUUAGCCUAUUUCUUUCCUGAGGACCACCACCUGUCUUCAGAGCGACCAGUGGCUCAGCCUGUGUGGCCCACCCCGUGUGGGCUUACCUCGGUCAAGGCCCUGGAGGUGUGCCAGCUAGCCCUGGGGAACUCCAUGGUGGGAACAGUGUGUGAAGGGCUGCUGGGCCGGAGGCUGGAUGAGGCAGUGGACCUGUGCAUGCUGGACCUGCAGCUCAAUGAGGACCUGGCCUGGGAGGAGACUCUGGUGCCCUACCUGGAGAACGAGUGUGAGAGGAGGCUAUUGGAGGACUGGACCCAGAGGGCCCUGGAGCUGGGGGAGUCCGUUGGGACGGUACUCACCGCACUGCGCUGCCCCAACUUCUGCAACGGGAACGGCCAGUGCACUGAGUGGGGUUGUCAAUGCUAUCCUGGCCACAGCUUCUACGACUGCAGUCUGGCUAUCAGUCAGCCCGUGGAGUUGACAGACCUGGAGAACAGUGGUCUGUCUGUGUGA